GAAACUGUAAAGAAAACAAACAGUAAAAACACAAAAAGGCACUGUCUAUUUACAAUCUUUGCUCUUCGUUUAACGAUUUCGAACAAGUUAUCACUAAUAGCGUAAAGUUCAGAAUACUAAAUCGAUAAUAACAAUCGAUCAGUGUUAGCCGGUUUUAUUCGCUCGAACGAUGAGUAACAUAUACGUUCAAGAACCCCCAACAAACGGAAAAGUUGUUCUAACAACUUCUUUGGGAGAAAUUGAAAUUGAACUAUGGAGUAAAGAAUGCCCUAAAGCUUGUAGAAAUUUUGUCCAGCUCUGCCUUGAGGAAUUCUUCAAUGGAACAAUUUUUCAUAGAGUAGUUCCUAAUUUUAUUGCUCAAGGAGGAGACCCUACUGGCACUGGUCAUGGUGGUGAAAGCAUAUAUGGAGAACCAUUUAAAAACGAAGUUCAUUCCCGUCUGCGAUUUGUUAGAAGAGGUCUAGUUGCUACUGCCAACACAGGAAAUAAUGACAAUGAAUCACAAUUUUUUUUCACUUUGGGGGCUUGUCCUGAAUUACAAAACAAACACACAAUAUUCGGGAGAGUUGGAGGAAACACUUUGUUUAACAUGAUUAAAUUCAAUGAUCUGGAUAUUGAUAAUGAGGAAAGACCAAGGCAUCCUCCUAAGAUACUUAAAACAGAGGUUAUUAACAACCCAUUUCCUGACAUAGAACCAAGAAUCAGCCAAAAGCAGGUUAAGGGGCCAGAAGAAACCAAACCCAAAGUUAAAAAAACAAAAAAUCUUAAACUGCUUUCCUUCGGAGAUGAAGAGGAAGAUGAAACUGAUGCCCAGCCGGUUAAGACAUUUAAAGGGAAAUCCUCUCAUGAUCUAACAGAUGAUCCUAGGCUUAGUAUCAUUCCGGCAGUUAAUAUGGAGACUGGAAUCGGAAAAAAAAGUGAACAGAAGCAAAUAGAAUCGGAAGUUGAGAAAGUAGUUGUGCCCCAGAAUGAACCUCAAGAUUUUGCUGCAAAUGCUGAUGAUGAGGUAGUCGACGAGAAGAAACAAGAAGCGCAAAACAGAUUAAAAAAAAUCAAAGAACAGAUAAAGGAUUUGAAGAGAGAAAUGAAAAAUCCUCGUGAAGAUACAGAAGAAGAAUUAACGAAGAAGCAAAAACUUGAUGGUGAUCAUGUUAAGGAUGAAGAAGAGAAUGAAAUACUAAAGAAUUUUCAUGAGCAGCACAAGAAAUACGCAGUAGUGAAAACGACGCGUCGGGGGAAGGGUGCUGAUCGAGAGGCGGAAACACUUGCUUACCUUAAAAAAUUUCAGGAAAAGCUUAGCGAAACGCGAUUGAAGGAAACAAAUGACAGCGUCGCCGACGAAGAAUCGGAUGACCACACUUGGUUAAAUCAUACCUUAAAGUUCGAAGACAACAAUCCUACGUUAGCCAGAGAUGCCAACACAAAAGGAGAUGAUUGGUUUGAGAUUUCCGAUCCUCGUAAUCCCCUAACCAAGCGAAGAAGAGAGGAGUCCAAGAAGAUUUUGAAACAGAAAGGAUCUACUACUAAAAUGGUCUAAAUUUUUGAAUACAAAAACGUUACGUUUU